GCUGCUUCCUCUCAGGCACUAGAGCGUAGUCAUCAAACAAAAACGACAGCAAGUGCUGGUAGCAGUUGCACGGCAGAAGAAAUAUGGAAGAUAAUUGUGAUCCGGACACAUGUAUACUGGAGCAAGACGGCUCUGAGCUAACAGCCGCUCUGUCAGUGAUGUCAGUGAACCCCCCCGACACACCGGGCAAGAUUGCUUAUGCCCCUCAGCUUUCCCAGGACCUGGCACUGAUCCAGCUGCAGAUCGGGCUCCUCAGGGAGUCAGUAUGGGUUUCCCGAACUCAGCUCAGCUUUCAUGACAUGAGGAAAAUGGCCAUCCAGAUAAUUGCCAGGAGGGAUCCAAAAUGUUCAGUAAUAGAACAGAGGGAGAAUAUCCUGUUGUUCCGGCAUGCGCCCAGUUCUGAAAACCUUCUUAAGAGAUUGAGGGAAUAUGACACAAUACAGGAUGGCGAUCUAAUUGAGGUGGUGUUGUCCGGCUCCACUUCCAGGUCUGAGACGAGUCGCAGCUCACACAUCUUGGUCGUACAAUCAUAUCGCACCCCAACGUUCUGUAACCACUGUGGUGAAAUGCUGUGGGGACUCAUACGGCAAGGCCUCAAGUGUGAAGCUUGUGGGCUAGAUUUCCACAAACGUUGUGUCCUUAAGUUGUCCAAAGACUGUAACCGUGAGAGGCGGCGCUGUGGGUCCAGUCUGUCCCUCUUCCAGCCCAGACGGCCCAGAAUGUCGUCCCUGUCCACGCAGGCCGGGGGGAGCCUGGAGGAGAUCCGCAUGUCGAAGCUGGAGUCCCGGAUGCGGCCCACCUCAUGGGUGGAGCGGCCGCUGUGGUUGGGCAGGGACCAGGCUGAGCAGGGCCGCGUGCCGGUGCCGCACACCUUUCAUAUUCACACUUACACCAAGGCCACCACCUGCCAGCUCUGCCAUCGCAUGCUCAAGGGCCUCUUCCGCCAGGGCCUGCAGUGCUCAGAUUGCAAAUUUAACUGCCAUCGCCAAUGUGAGACGCAGGUCCCCAGUGACUGUCCUGGGGAGAGGAGGACAACCAAUGGGGAAGAUUCUGAAGCAAAUUCCAUGGAGAAAUCUUGCAUGUUUGACAAUGACAUAUAUGUGGAUCCAUGCAAAUGUUUACCUCUGGAUGUAAAGAAUGCUGAGGUCUCUCUGGAUCCGGAUCUGACUGAUGAUUCUGUGGAGGACCAGCCCAAAAUCAGCCCCUGCUUUGGCAGUAACAUACCCCUGAUGCGAGUGGUUCAGUCUGUCCGCCAUGUAAAGCGCAGAGACAGCAGUGUGCUAAAAGAAGGCUGGCUGUUGCACUACACGAGCACUGAUACAAUGAGAAAGCGGCAUUAUUGGAUUCUGGACACAAAGAAUAUCACUCUGUACCAGAAUGACAACAGCACCAAGUACUACAAGGAGCUGCCUCUGUCUGAGGUGUUGCUGGUACAAGGCGAGGGACAUCUGUCCGUCCCACCAUCGUCAUGUGACAGUGGCCAUUCCUUCGAACUGGUGACGGGGACAGUGGUGUACUGUGUCCUGGCGGGAAAGGCCGGCCCAGCUUGGGAGGCAAUCAUUCGACAAGCACUGAUGCCAGUGCAGAAAAGUGGCCACAGGGGGCAAGACUGCAUGGAUUUGGGAAGGCAAAGUGAACAAACAGAGGACAUCAGUGCAUACUACCAGAUCUUCACAGAUGAUAUGCUGGGUUCAGGGCAGUUUGGUAUUGUAUAUGGAGGUGCGCACAGGCAGUCUGGGCGAACCGUGGCUGUCAAAGUCAUCGACAAGACCCGCUUUCCAACAAAUCAGGAGAGUCAGCUAAGGAACGAGGUGGCUAUACUCCAGAAUCUCGCUCACCCAGGGGUGGUUCACCUGGAAGGAAUGUUUGAAACCUCAGAGCAUGUAUUUGUAGUCAUGGAGAAGCUGCAUGGUGACAUGCUGGAAAUGAUUAUGUCCAAUGAGAAUGGUCGACUCCCAGAACGCAAUACCCGCUUCCUGGUCACACAGAUCUUGGAGGCCCUCCGAUACCUGCACUUUAAACACAUUGCUCACUGUGACCUAAAGCCAGAGAAUGUCCUUUUGGCUUGUGCAGAUCCCUUUCCUCAGGUGAAGCUCUGUGAUUUUGGUUUUUCCCGCAUCAUCGGCGAGAAAUCUUUCCGCCGCUCAGUAGUAGGCACACCAGCCUACUUGGCCCCUGAGGUCAUCAGCAGCCAUGGGUACAACCGCUCGUUGGACAUGUGGGCCGUAGGUGUUGUGCUGUAUGUCAGCUUGAGUGGCACCUUCCCCUUCAAUGAGUAUGAGGACAUCGGCCAACAGAUCACCAAUGCUUCCUUCAUGUUUCCCCGACAACCCUGGGCAAACAUCUCCCUGGAGGCGGUCAGCCUCAUCACCAACCUGCUACAGGUGUCCGUCAAGCGCAGGUUCACUGUGGGAAAAGCCUUAGGUCACUCCUGGUUACAGGACUUCCAGCUGUGGUGUGACCUGAGAGAGUUUGAAAGGCGCAUGGGCCUCCGCUAUCUCACCCACGAGGACGACGGGGAGCGCUGGCGGAAGUACGCACAGGAGAAGGGUCUCGACUUCCCCUCACAGCUGGCCUGA